AUCUCAUGUGCUGUGCAUUCAAAUUGCUAUCGAUAAAAUGCAAUUGUGUUCGUUAUCCAUAGUUUACGACUGCCCAUACCACAACCCCACAACCACCGUGGGGCACUCUUCACAACAACGCCAUACAUGCUGUCUGCCUGGUAGUUGAAACUGGGAUUAAUCCAUGAAGAAGACACUUCUCCAGCAUGCCAGUGGACAUCGAAGGUGAACAUUUGCCCACUGAAGUCGGUGACGCCAAACUGCAGUCAGGCCAAGACCCUGGUGAGGACAACGAGCACGCAGGCGAGCUUACCUGAGAAGGUUUCUGACAGUUUGUGCAGAAAUACUUUGGUUGUGCAAACCCACAGUUCCAUCAAUGUCCGGGUGGCUGGUCUAAGACGACCCCGCAGGUGAAGAAGCCGGAUGUGGAGGUCCUGGGCUGGCGUGGUUACCUGUGGUCUGCUGUUGUGAGGCCGGUUGGACGUACAGUUUAAUUAACAAUAAAGGGCAGACACUGUAAUGAUCAUGACUCCACAGUAGGUGGCAGCAGUCAGACGUGGGCAAUGCCAGGGCGAUGCUGAUCAUUCAGAUAGAAAUGUAUUGUGUAGAAUGCAGAAUAGGGAGUCAUGUCCCAGCGCUAUUUAUUGAGUUUCUAUCUGCAAAGUUCUGAAUGUUUCACCUCUUUGAUACACCCUAGUUGUGUGUAAGGUGUGCCAUGCAUGCUCAGAAUGACUAAUGUUCUCUAUGUAAUAACCAUAGAUAUGGUAAUAACAUCAGUGUCAUCAAGAUAACAGAUUCAAUUGGCUGAUGACAUUGAGGAAGUCACCUGACACCUUCAGCAGCACUGUUUGGAGUACUACACAAUAAUCAGAACAUUACUGAUAAGCCUUACUGGACAAGUGUACUUAGGAUGGGGUGCAGAGUGUUCCUGUUUUAUACUGUGUGUUUGUCUACUGUCACACUGCCAAACAGUGGACAACUGACCCAGGGACUGCCUCACGAAGUGUACGUGUCCCUCGGAACCUGCCAGUACAACAUCCCCCGCUGCAUUGUGGGAGAAAAGAGCCCGCCAGAGGCAAUAGAGGUGCCCACCUCCCACAUAUACUCCCAGAGAGAGGUGGAGCUGGGGGUCCCCAACACACUCAUCUGCCAGGUCAGUGAUUUCCACUCAACACCCGUGGAUGUGACUUGGACCAGGAACGAGCAGCCGGUGGGAGAGAGGACUGUCAUUCAGACCCAGUACUACUCCAAUAAAGACAUCAGCUUCAGGAUCUUCUCCUACCUGAGCAUCACACCUCAGGAGGGGGACAUCUACUCCUGUAGUGUGGGUCACGUCAGCCUGCAGGAACCCCUCACCAGGAUCUGGGGUGAGUCACUGCUGGUGUGACCUUAUACUGUAGGGUACGACGCAGAGAAAGGUGGGAUGUUAUUGAUACUGUAUUAGGGACACUAACAAGUUAAUUGUUUCUUCACUAUAUGUGUCCACUGAGGUUGAAGUGGACACGGAUCACCAGACUGCAGAGACAGCAGUGUGUGUCGGAGGUGUGACUCUAGGAGUGGUGGGAGUAGCAUCAGGAGUGUGGUUUAUUUAAAAAGCCAAGAGGUCUGGUUGGGCCUUAAGAACAUAGGCAACAAUCAGCUCUCAGCGAUACAGCAAGGACUCCAUGCACCAAUACCAAGGACAAUUAUCAUAUUCAGCAACCUACAACUACGCUGGCGACCAAUAUAAUGCAGUUCACUAUUUCCUACAUUUGAUUCAUAAUCUUAAUAAAAUACUUCUUAAUUGCU